AUGCAGAUCUGGGGGCGCGGCACCGGCUGUGAGUGCUUUUCUGCUCAGCUUCGAAGCUCUGGGCGGUCGUUCACUGUGGGCCCAGAAAGAGCCCAAAGGAAUGAAAAAAGGGAGGGGAGUGGGUAUUGUGCCGCGUGUGGGGGGAGAAUUCCUACGGGUGGGUUUCCGAAUAUUGUGUUCAACUUUUUGAAAGCAGCUCGUGACCCCGAAACUACAUCUCCUGGAGCCGGGGACCCAGGCGCCGGGCGGGCGGGUGAACCCGACCAGUCCCACCCCAUCUCCGCAACCCCCCGCCUCCGGGUGGGAGCGACCUGGCCUCUCCCUGCUGCUGCGGUGCCAGCCCCCAGAGGAAAGCUGGGCAGGGGCCGCGGGCUCGGCCGAAACGCUGACAUCGAAAAACCCUCGCCACUCAGGAAGAGUGGAGGAAAGCGGGGUCGAGAUUCCACUCAGCGUCACCCCUGCCCCCCAGCCUCUGCCCGGGCAUCUGCCAACCCGUUGCACCCUGCCUGUUCGGGUGGCUGUCGCAGCUCCGGAGCGCAAAGCCGGGAGGAGGGCGGCGGCAAGGCACGCAUCUUUGUGCGCCAGGACCCAGCCGGGCGCCGCGGGGCGGGCAGCAGACCCCGACUGUCCGCGCCUUCCCACAGAGCCCAGCUCGGCGCGGCCCAGCGAGCCCUCCUCGCGGCCCUGCUGCCUCCAGCGCCUCUAGGCACUGGCCGGAAGCACCACGCCCGCCGCCUGAAGCCACACAGUCUGGAGACUCACCUAGCUGAGGAGGGAGAGAGGAACAUCUUGGUCCAAACUGAAUUCUGAAGAAAACUUGGCACCAGUUUUCCAGAAAUCCUAAGUCACAGAGAGGGUCAAGUUUUGGCCAAGUCACCAAGAAUGAAACCAAAGUUGACUCCCAUCCUCAGAUUUUUCAAAUUAACUUGGGCCACCGCUGAAGAUUCUUUUCUUGAGUGAGACGCUAAAAGCCUGGGUCAUGGAACUUCUGCUGAUAAAGGUGUGCGAGGCUGCAGUCUGGAGGCCUGGUGCCUAGGUGACCUCUUCAGCCACUCCUGGAUCACAAGGGGAGGCUAGGUUAGGAGCAGGUGGGGGAGCACAGGUGUCCACCGAAUCAGCAAAAGUGGCAGCAGGUCAGGAAGAACCCAGAAAAUGUUCCCUAGAGACAACCAGUCUCUCCACAUACAAAAGGAAGGUACCUACCAGGGACAAAGGGAUAAGGGAUUGUUCAGUUCAUUCCUGAGUCCCAGUGCCAACAUCCUCAGACGGUCUCCAUCCCUCUGCAACCAUCUAUAGUAUUCAUCAGAAUGGCUGAAAAAGCUUCUUCUAUCAAGUUUAACAACUUUCUGGUGUAACUUCUGAGAGGGCUGAUUGCUUAUUCAUGCGGAAGCAAGACGCCCAGUUCAUUUUGCCUGUUUUUGCUCCUCUUUGUUGGGUUUGGGAGUGUUAUGGUAGCUGCAAAUGGCUUCUCAAGUGACAUUUGGUGACAUUCAGUGAAGUACAUUUAUCAGUAUUCUCCAGCUCACCUCGACACACGCAAUCCAUUUUGUUUUGUUCUUCAUAGCAACCUCCUUCCCAACACCCGUGCCCUGAAAAUGAUAAAUGGCAAGGUGGCAUAUUUCUCAAGCUGCACUCAAAUGUCACUGUGAAAAAUCUUUAAUGGACUAAGUGUAGCUUUUCACGUUACAACUUGUCAGGUACUGAGAGAUUCUAGAGUUUCUCCUUAAUCCACAAGUCUUUGGAACCACACAUCUGCAAGCAGAGACUAAUUAUAAGCUACACCAGUCGGACCUGGGCAAGCAGAAACCAAGAGAAAACAUCUGAUACCAGCUCAUUCUUGAUUAUCAUUUCUCAUUCCAUUUUUUUUUGCUACUUCCUUUUUACUCAGUGAAUAUGACAGGUACGAGCAAUCUGUUACUCUAAUGAAGUGGGUGACACCGGCCCUCCACGCAGGCUUGUAAUCCACUCACAUACACUUCUGCAUAAUGGCUUUCCUCUUUUCCAUCAAAACUCACCAAUACUUCUCCCCUCCAAAAAAAUCUUAUUCUGAAUCCUAAAUUCUGGCCACGAAAGGUUGGAUGCGGUAGGGUAGUUGAGAGGUACCUGAAAUGACUGUCUGGAAGAGUCUCUUCUCCUGUCUCCCUAGUGACCCCUUUUUAGAAUGAGCCGCCAUCCUUCAAGAGGCUGAGAGUCACACGGCCACCUAAAAAACCUGUCUUUUCCCUCCUCCCUGUGGCACAUGCCUGUUCACCACCAUCACCCCACCCUCAGGGAAGUGGCCUACAGACCUUCCUUAACCCUUGAACAUGACUUUUCCUUCAGGUUCCAUUUUUUCCAGUGAUAUCAAUUUCCAGGAGUAUGCCCCAAGGGGGAAUCAGCCUGGCACACCAGCUGUGGUCUGAAGGUUUGGCUGGAUCGCCACAAAAUUCACGUUGUAAUCUAAUCACCAAUGUGAUGGGAUCGGGAGGUGGGGGCCCAGGGAGGUGACUCAAUCAUCCAGGUAGAGACUGAGAAAAAAAGGACACCGAGAACUCUUGCCUGUUCCAUCCUGCGAGGCACCGACCGUGAUCUACCAGGUGAACCUUCACCAGAGCCAGUCUGUUACUUCACCAGAUGCUGAUCUUGGACUUCCCAGCUUCUAGAACUGUGGGAAAUAAAUUUCUGUUAUUGACAAGCCACCCAGGUUAUGGUACUUGAGGAUCAGAAUAGACUACGAGACCACCAUAGCCAGGGGAGAGUCGGCUGAUUUACCUGUACCUGUGAUGGGUCCCAAUCAAAGUACCUCCAUCAAUUAACACUGUUUGAAGAUUAUAGGUGGUGGAAAGACAUACCCUGAAACCAGGAAAAAGAAUGAUACUAUCCAGAUUUGAGCUCUCCAGGGUCAUCUUUGACUAGG